AUGUCGCCAGCCUCAAGAAGAUCCUCUGCCCAACAGCCGCUACUGCAGCAGCAGCAGCAACAACAACAGCAACAACAGCAACAACAGCAACAACAGCAGCAGCAACAGCAACAACAACAGCAACAACAACAGCAGCAACAACAGCAAGCUGCCGACCACUUCAAUUCUGCAAACCCUCGCCACUCGAGCCCUAAUGCCUACAUGAAUCCCACUCCCAAUUCAGGCGCCUCUGCAAACCACUACUGGCCUGAGUACCAACAGCCCUCGCAUCUGCCAGCCCUUCCCCAAAACUACCAAACAUCGCCCGCUCAGCACCAACAACACGUCGUGGCCAUCGCACCUAUGGGGCAGCCUCACAAUGCCGCCACCCAGCCGAUGCUGGCCCCUGCAGAGCCGGUAAGGAAAGAACAGCAGCAGCAACAGGCGCCCUCAACAUUACCUUCGUCCAAGGAGCUCAACCAGAACCAAGUCCACGCCCAGACACAUCCCUGGAGGAUCAAGGUCUACAACGCCUGUCUAGCCUGCCGCAAAAAGAAAAUCAAAUGCGACGGCCAGCCGACCUGCCAUCGUUGCCAGCGACUCGGAUUCGAAUGCUCCUAUAUCGAGUUUCCUCAAUCACCAGCAGCCAAGGUCACCAAACCAAAAUCCAGCAAGAAUCUUCCUGAGGAGGAGACGUCAGCCUCGACCAAGAUGCUUUCCAAGCGCGACUACCACCGUACGACCGACCCACCUUUGGCAUUUAAUCUUCCGAUCAACGCCAAGGAGAUUCGUCAACAACACCGGUCGUCCACCAAGGAUGCUGUUAACGGAUCAUUCCCUUACUCGACUUCUCGGCGGAAGGAUUCUUUGCCUACCAAAGACCUAUAUAUCGACCAGCCAAUUAUGCAGCAUCAACAUCAACAUCAGCAGCAUCAGCAUCAGCAGCAGCAGCAGCAGCAGCAGCAGCAGCAUCAGCAACAACAACAACCACUCGGAUCUCCACGGAUUUCAAGCAAGGAUCAGCAACGCCUUCCCUCGGACAUGGCGGCGGCACCAAAGGCGAAGCCCGUGGGCUCAUUUGUCCUCGACCGCGACACGACCAUGCCUGAUCUGUAUCACAUCCUUGUCAACUCUGUGACCGUCCCCAAUGUGUCCAAGUACACUCAAGCUACCCAUUCCAAAACCUCACCCAUAACAGGGCCAGGAAGCGGAGCUGUUCUGAUGGGUAUGGAUCAACUCAACCUGACUCUGGCUUCUCCGGUGUUUCCAACAUUUACCGUUCUCAACUCUGACCAUACUGACCCCGAUCAACACCACUUGACCUUCCAAAAAGACCCCGCCGUCACCUCUUUCCUUGACCAAUCGACUCCCCUCGGCUUUGUCAUCACCAACAAGAGUGUCAUUCAGUACUUGGUGCAUGUUUAUUUCGAGUGCUUUCACCCCCACUGGAUGAUUGUCGAUAAACAAAAGUUUCUCGCCCAGCUCAAGGAUCCAGCGUCGCCUCCGGACCCACUCUUGCUUGUCGCCAUCUGCGCUGCUGGCGCAAAGUACUCGGAUCACGAGGGACUCUGCGCUGAACCUGGCAACCUCUCGACCAUUGGCGAGCAGUUCCUGACCCAUGCUCGUAUCUUGCUUCAAGACCGGUUCGAUAUGCCUUCCAUGUCGACACUUCAGGCGCUCUUGAUCCUGUACUGGUGUCAAGUGCAGACGGGUCGUGCCAGUCUCCGCUUCAUGUACGUUGGCAUGGCUAUCCGCAUGGCUCAGGAGAUCGGGCUCAAUCGACCUUUGGAUCCCAAGAGACUGAAGGAUAUGGAUGAGCGCGAGGUUCAGAUCCGAAAGACCAUCUGGUGGUCAUGCUACCAGGCAGAUCGCUGGACGUCAGCUGCCCUCGGCAAGCCCAUGGUUAUUAGCGAUGUCGACUGUAUGGUGGACUACCCAACGAGCAUGGAUCCGAGCGAAAAGUUUUAUAUCGAUUCCUUCUGCCAUAUGACUAGCUUGUCCAAAAUUCUCGGCAAGAUCAUUCUCCACCUCUACACAUCCACCAACGCCGCGACUUGCUCUUCAGCGGUGUUCUCCCAUCUGGAUCAGUCCCUGUCAGCAUGGAUCGCAUCUAUGCCCACGACAGGAAACGACUCGCAGGAGACAUCCUUGCCGACACCCAUUUCACUGGACAGCGCCACCAAUACGUCCACUCGCAAGACGGCCAGUCCACACCCUCACCAGCGGAGACGAUCAACUGCCGGCAGCAAACCAGGGACCCCUGGCAUUGUACAACGACUGGCGAUAGACAGUAAUACUGAUGCUCCUGGGCCAAGCGCCGUCGGUUAUUAUGCGCUGUUGUACCACACUGUUAGGAUCAUGCUCUACCGGCCUUUCCUUCACAACAGUAGCCUCGCGCCAGCAUUGCCGCUGACUCUUCAGUCACCCUUGAGCCGGUGCCGCGAGUCGGCAGUGGCCAUUUCCGAGAUCGCAGAGAACAUGGUGACGGAUCAGCGUUCGUACAGACAGCUGUUCAACUCGAUUCACUUUUCUCUCUGCGCAGCUGCUACUGUUCACCGGUUUGUCCUUGUCUCGCCCAAGGGAUCCCUGGAAACUUCGAAAGGAGCCGAUUCGAUUGAUGUUCGCACACCCCCGGCGGACGGGAUCCCAACUACAUCGACCAAUACCCCGACAACAAUCUUCAAGGGACCCAUCUCGUCCAAGACAGACUUGUACUAUCUGGCACUUCUUCUCCGUAUCCUCGAGAGCUGCUGUCGCUUCUCGGUCGAGAAGCUCCUGUUGCAAUCCAUCAUGGACGGUUAUUUCCCGCAGCGGUUCUUGACUGCAGAGGAUUUGGUUUGGGCACGCGAGGAGGUGCACCGUCCCUUCACGAUAGUACCCUUCUCGAUCAAGCUGCCCUCCCAGACGCCCAGCGGGACUGGAUCCAUGGUGGCGCUCAACUUGUCAUCUGGACCCGUCCCUCAGCAGUCGCAGUCUCAGCAACAGGAACCGCAGAGAUCUUUGAACUCAACUCCCCAGUCGCCCAAGCAACGACCGGACCAGCAGGAUACCCAGCUCCAGCAGCAUCAGCAGUACCAACAGCGACUUCGACAGCAGCAACUGGAUCAGCAGCAACAGGCCAAGCAACAACAACAGCAGCAGUUUGCUCAGACGAGGAAACCCAGUGGAUCAUCUUCUAUGGCCUCAAUGCUGAGCAACCCUGACCUUGGACCAUUCAAACCCGACGCUGCUGAGGAGAUGGCGAUGCGUCAGGGACCAUCCAACGUCCGAAUGUCUUCUGUCAGCGACGCAACCUAUGUCAUGAGUCAGCCCGUGGAUUCGACCAUGUCGGGGCAGUACCAAACGCAGCGGUACCAACGCGAGCUUGAUCUUCUGCACGAGCAACAUCGCAGUCAACAGACAGAGUUGGGUGAACACCACCACCGGCAGACUUUGCAGCUGCAGCAGGAUCAAUUAUACCAACAGGGGCAACAGAACCAGGAGUACGAGCAGCAACAGCAGAGGCAGCAAGUCUUGUUUGAUCGGGAAGAGCAACAGGAACCGCAUCUGCAGCAGUAUGCAACAGCUCAACAAAGUCCCACGAUCGCCAGGAACAGGGCCGUAUUCGGCAUGAUGAGUCCCGAGUCCCCCUAUUCCGAUCUGUCCGAGCACAGCAUUACUAGCAACAAGCGCCAGAGCGACGGCACUUUGUCCAAGAAGCACAGCAAACAGCCUGCCCGACAACAGUUCCAACUGCAGCAGCAAGGUCAAGAUCCCCACCAAAAUCACCAACGCCACCAACAGCAGCAAAACCAAGAGCAGCAAUCUCAGCAGCAGCAACAAGCCCAGGGCUUUUCUCAACAGGAUAGCCACAUGACUGAGGCGACCCCACCGGAUCUCCACCCCACGGUGGCGCUGAGUGCGCUAACGGGGAUGGCGGACAGUGACGAGAUGGUGACAACAAAUUCUGCACUUUCUGGUAAUGAACCUUGUUCUGCGAAUACACCGCAUGGUUUAGUGGUAGUAGGCACCCAAGUUCGUUUGUCUUCGCAGACUAACCUCCCGCCUGCACAACUUCCUACCACUGCUACACUUUCCCAUGACGCACUUGAUACCCCUUCCUCGGGAUACUCUAACACAAACGGUAUGGACGAUCGCCAAUCCUUGACCGCUUAUGCACAUCCUUCUGGUACCAUAUCUGCAGUCAUCAGUCAACAGACGGGAACCACAGACUUGUCGGAACGGAGCGGGAUUACCAGCUUGGACGAACUCUUGGGACUUGAGCCAGCAGGAUUCUACCCUGACUUGCCCACCGAGGAUAACGCCAGCGCGUACGCCACCAACACGGGCAACUUGCCCAUGACUGGUCCUUCCUCGACUGAGAAACAGAGUCAGACCCACCUCACAGGAUCCUCAAACACCUCGGAACAUCUUUGGUGCGGCGACAAUAAUAACAACAACAGCCCUAACAGCAGUGGACAAGGCAACAGUGGCAGUCAGAGCCACCGUAGCUCUAUCGGCAGCGACAAUGGCAACAUGCAACGAGCUCAGAGUUACAACAACAACCAGGGCGGUCUCAUCCCGAGCGGACCCGUCAUGAUGCCUCCUGGCCCCGUCAAUGCAGCUUGGUUGGGAAUUGACAACGUCAACACUGGAGUCUCUGGAGUUGGCAAUCAGCCCCCACCUCUUCGACAAGGCGAUGCGCUCAUCGGGUACCCUUACCCUUAUGCGUUCACUUACGCGGCUCAACCAACUCUGCCGCCUUUGACACCUAUGGGUCAGGGUCAACCUGUACCCUAUAUUGGAUAUGCUGCACGGUCGAUCCCAUACUCUCAGGGCCACGGCUAUGUCUACGCGGCCGACGGCACAACACCCAUGGGCGUCUAUGUCACUGCGCCGAUCCCUCAGCAAUCGCAGGGCGGCGCGCCGGCUUUUGAUGGAACGGGACUUGUCUGGCAGCAGCACCCUCAGUUUGCUGUCCCACAAGCCAUGUUGUCUCCACAGAUGGUGGCGCACCAGAGUCACGAUGUUCAGAUGUAUUCGCCUCGCAUUCACCAUACCUACUCUGGGCAACAACAUCACCAACAGCAACAGCAGCCAGGCGCACAGCAGUCUCAGACUUUACCCUCUCAGCAACAGCCUGGUCAGCAGCAACAAACUGGUCAGCAGCAACAGGAAGGAGUUGCCCAGCAACAAAGACAGAACCAGCAGCAGCAGCAGCAAGCUUUGCCGAUGUAUGUUCUCAAGUCUUCUCAGCAAGAGCUGCAGGAACAACAACAGCACCAGGCGGAACAGAACCAACAGCACAAGAUGGAGCAGGUCCGACACCCAUCUGCGACUCUUCUCCCACCUCUGCCCCAGAACGUGCACCGUCAGGAAAACCGACUCUUCUCUCCAACUUUGUCCAACACGACAUUGGUCAACACGACCAGCAACUCGAACAGUAGUACCCAGCAGGAGACCAGCCAUGGCGGCAGUUUUGGUCGCGAAAUCGGCACUGGAGGAGAUUCUUCGGGAGGCCGAGAUACCUCGGAGAGCAACCAAUCGACUUCAAGAGGAUUGAACCGCCUGUCCCGGUCAGCAGAUUCGUCGAUGGAGGGCACCAACGAAAGUUCGUCCAACACCAAGCCUCCCAACUCGACCAAAGAUGUUUCGAACUCGAACGAGUCAGAUUCCACUUCCGACAACAACCCAGGUUCCCAGUCGUUUUCCGCCGGCCCUGCAGUGGCCACGACAUCAGACGCUGGUGCAUUCUCCGAGGGCUCUAGCAGCGGAAGUAGCUCUGGCAGUGGCAGCAAUGGCAGCGGAAGCAACAAUGGAGCACCCAGCAAGUCGUUAUGUGGUCAAACGUCCAUCUUACCUUCUGGAUCGGCCGAGUCUUCGACGUCUUCGUCUGACUCAGCCUCUUCGACUUCUCCCUCCAGCGAAGCCAAGACUCAAGCUCAGAAGCAGUACUACCAAGCCCGCCAGCAAGCACAAGAGGCUGGAAGUGGCGACUCCAGUAGUAGCGGCGGAGGUGACAAGACUGGUAGUGGUCGCAGUGGCAGCAGGACUUCCAGCAACGGCGGAAGCGCAGAUGGAAGUUAUCAGUCUGGUGGCCGUCACCGACGCAAGAACAAGUACCGCGGCAGCAAUGGACCCUCACCCAAUAGCGGAGGUGGUCAUGGCCCUAACGGUGGCAACGGCGGGAGUGGUGCCGGUGGAAACAACAACAGCCGCGAUGGCAACACUGAUGGCGGUGGUCGUGGCGGCAACCGUCAUCGUGCGGACAGUGACAAUGCAGGAUUAGGAUCAGGAUCGAACUCUGACUCAUCGAAUGACCCAGGCCCCAAGUCAGCCAGCAACCAUCAUCGUCGCAACAACAGUGGUGGGAACGCUGGUGGCGGUGGCAGUGGCGGCGGCAGUGAUCGCGGAGUUGGGAACGGCGGCGAUGGAGAAAGUAGCCACGGAAGCGGAAUUGGUGGCUCCAAGAAUCGAUCGAAUCGAAAGGGCAAAGGUAACAACAACAAGAACACUGGUGGUGGCGGUGGUAGAAGCGGCAGGGGAGGAAAUGUCACCAAGUCCGACAGCAGUGGCAACAACAACACGAACAACACCCAUAUUAGUAAAGGUCAAUAUCAACCCCAGGCAGCAGCUUCUCAAUCCGUUGAGGCUCCCAUCAACUCAUACACUAACGGUGGAAACGGCGGACCAAAACGGGCUUCGAAGUAA